AUGUCGGACCGGGUGCUGCUAUCGAAAGAUUCGGUCUAUCAGCAGAUCAAGGAUUAUUUCAACGCCAACGGUGCGUCGAUUAACAUCAAGAAGCUGUUCGACGAAGAUGAUAUCCGUUUCGAUAAGUUCCACUUGAAGCUUACGACCCCGUCCGAUGGUGACAUCCUGCUCGACUACUCGAAGAACCGGGUGACGGACGAUGCGUGGAAUCUGUUGCUGGAGCUGGCGGAAUCGCGCGAUGUCGUGAAGAUGCGCAACGACAUGUUCGACGGCGAACGGAUCAAUGUGACGGAGAACCGGGCCGUGCUGCACGUGGCGCUGCGCAACCGCUCGAACAAACCGAUCCUGGUCGAUGGCAAGGAUGUGAUGCCGGAAGUGAAUGCCGUGCUGGAACACAUGAAGGAGUUCACCGAACAGAUUCACAGCGGUGCGUGGCGCGGUUACACGAACAAGAAGAUUAGCGACGUGGUCAACAUCGGCAUCGGCGGUUCCGAUCUCGGUCCGCUGAUGGUGUCGGAAGCGCUCAAACCGUACAACCAGGGCAUCCGGUCGCACUUUGUCUCGAACGUGGACGGUACACACAUUGCCGAAACGCUCAAGAAGCUCGAUCCGGAGACGACGCUGUUUAUUAUCGCGUCGAAAACGUUCACCACGCAGGAAACGAUCACUAACGCGACGGCCGCCAAGCGUUGGUUCCUGGAACGUUGCACUGAGAAGGAGCAUGUCGCGAAGCACUUCGUGGCAUUGUCCACCAACAAGGAAAAGGUGGCCGCAUUCGGUAUCGACACCAGGAACAUGUUCGAGUUCUGGGACUGGGUCGGUGGACGCUACUCGCUCUGGUCCGCCAUUGGGCUUUCCAUCUCGCUCGCCAUCGGGUUCGACAACUUCGAGAAGCUGCUGGAAGGUGCCCACUACAUGGAUAAUCACUUCAUGACUGCACCGUUGAAUGAGAAUGCUCCAGUGAUUUUGGCACUGAUGGGAAUUUGGUACUCGAACUUUUACGGUGCCGAAACACAAGCAUUGCUGCCGUAUGAUCAGUAUCUGCACCGGUUUGCGGCCUACUUCCAGCAGGGCGAUAUGGAGAGCAACGGCAAGGGUGUUACGAAGGCCGGCGAAAAGGUUGAUUUUGCAACCGGUCCGAUCGUGUGGGGUGAACCGGGUACCAACGGUCAGCACGCGUUCUACCAGUUGAUUCAUCAGGGCACACGGCUCAUUCCGUGUGAUUUUAUCGCACCGGUCCAGACGCACAAUCCGGUAGAGGACGGUGCAAUGCACACGAUACUGCUCGCCAACUAUCUGGCGCAAACGGAAGCGCUCAUGAUGGGGAAAUCGGCGGACCAGGCGCGGGCCGAACUGGAGAAGGCAGGCAUGGCCGGGGAUGCGCUCGAGAAGCUGCUCCCGCACAAGGUGUUCACCGGCAACCGGCCGACCAACUCGAUCCUGGUGAAGAAGGUGACACCGUUCGUGCUCGGUGCGCUGAUCGCGAUGUACGAGCAUAAGAUCUUCACGCAGGGCGUCAUCUGGGAUGUGAACUCGUUCGAUCAGUGGGGUGUCGAACUCGGCAAACAGCUGGCCAAGGCGAUCGAGGUCGAUCUGGCCGACCCGAACAAAACUACCACGCACGAUUCCUCCACCAACGGGUUGAUAAACUUCAUUAAAAUCAACCAGGACAAGUAA